GAAGUGUACGCGCACUGCAGACCCGGAGAGAAAGAGGAAACAGGAUAAAAACACCAAAAUCAUAUCUUCGUUAGCGGCUUAAUAAGAACGAAUUUAAUUGAGGAGAAUACAGCUACAUUAUCAAUUCAUUUAAAUUACCCUGGACGGAGUUAGAAAACACCGAGAUAAUAAAAAUGCUGAUUAAAGUUAAGACACUCACUGGCAAAGAGAUCGAGAUCGAUAUUGAACCCACAGACAAGGUGGAGAGGAUUAAAGAAAGGGUGGAGGAGAAAGAGGGAAUCCCACCUCAGCAGCAGAGACUCAUCUAUAGUGGGAAACAAAUGAACGAUGAGAAGACUGCUGCAGACUACAAGAUCCAGGGUGGCUCAGUGCUGCAUCUCGUUCUGGCGCUCAGAGGCGGGGUCCUCCACAGUCCCAGAGUUCACCUGGCCUCUUCGUAACCACCAGACCCUCCUCCAUCACCACAGAGCUUCUGUUGACCUCGCAUUUGAUGGAAUUCUGUGAUGCUGAAAUCUUACCCACGCUGUAGGUUCCUGGUAGUGAGGUCUACACAUGUAAAGUAUAUUGUAGUCAGCACCUGUUUUUUCCUUUUCUUUGUCCCCCUCUUGUGAAUAUCAGAAUCGCUGUGCCCCAGCAUGGGUCCACCGAUCUUUAUGUAGAUGGGAUAGGCAGUUAGAGGGUAGUGAGAGAGAUACAAGUGCCUGUGCAGAGAAUAUAAAGAUCUGUGGCUGUGCGCAGUGUGACGGCGUAGUGGGUGAGGUCGGGGACCGCUUUGUUUGUGAAUAAAGUGUGACGUUGACUGUUCCGCUGUAGCAGUGUCAUCAAUGAGUGUGUGUGGUGAGUCUGUAUGCAUAUGCAGCUCUUUCUUAGAAACUGGGUCCAAGCAUUUUACUAGUUUCUUAAAUAGUGUAUGGUAUUUUUAUCCAGUACAUUAAAGCAAGACCUUAAACCCCCCUUGGACAGUUACCUUG